AUGGCCUCUAGAGAACCAGAACGUGCUAAUCUGGGCCCGAAACAGGAGAAGAGUGUCGGGCUGAAGUCAGGCACCCUUCCGUCAGGAAGAGCUGAGCCACGACGGGCCUGUCACCUUGCUCAGCAGCAGGCGAAACCCAUCUGGAAUUUAGAGAAGAAGUAUGUGAGUGCUUUCCAGGGUCACCGCCUGCUGCCCUCAGGGAUCCCUCUGCAGCAGUCCUGUUUCUUUUGCCCACCGUCGCUAUGCCAUGUGCAUCCCGGUGAGGACGCCGUCCCGAGCCUGCCCUUGGCCCAGCCCUGCCUGGACCUGGGCGGGAGUGCUCUGCUCUACCGACGCUCCUGCCUCAGACCCAAACCCUACAGGUUUCCUUUCCGAAGCCCUCUGGACACCAGCUCUGCCACGGGAAGGACGAUGUCUUCCUUGCUGAUGGAGCCCUGCCUGCUGCCUGUGCUGGUGGAGGAGCACUCUGGAACUGGGGUCAAAGCCUCUGCCCUCAGCUCAGGUCAGCAGGCUUCCAGCUCCUAUAGACCAGUGCUCAAUAACAACUCCUUCCUACGGCCAAGCAGUGCUAAAGUGCCUUUGCUGCAGUCACUGGAGAUCAAGAAAGUGAAAAACACCUCCAGCUUCCCUGCUGCCUCAUGGCCUCACUCCGGGGAUGAUGGAGACAGCUCCCCUGGCAGCCUGGGUAACGAAGCAGUGAAAAGCAGCAACCUUGUGUUGGAGCAAACUGCAGUCCCCUCCCUGACCCAUGUGCCCGGCAGUGCGAUCCUCAGGAAGGACUGGUGCUCGCGAGAGGACACUGAGAGGAGAGCACACAGCUUUAAAGAGAAGGAGCCAGAGAUCAGCCUCACAGAGGGUGUGCAGCAGCUAGCUGGACAGCCUGCCACACACAACAGCUUUGGACAUGAAGUCCAAAGCUCUGGCCUUACAAACGUGGGCAGCCUGUCCAACUGGAACAGCAGGUGGGGGCAGCACAUCAUAGCGCAGCUCACCCCAAAAGAAACCAUCGCUCCUCUGAACUUGGAGCUGGGUAGCCAUUGCCUUAACGGUAACUCAAGCCUUAUAGGCACCGAUGGUGCCGUCGUCUGCACUAAGCAUAUCAGCGUCCAUCUCUUGGCCUCGUGCGCUGACUCUCCCGACCGCAACACCGACUGCUCGCUUGUGAGCAUGCUGAGCCCGUGCAGCGGGGACCAGGUGGUGGGAGCAGAGCCUCUGCACCUCGCUGCCAUCUCUGAAGUGGCUACUCAGAUGUCCACCAUCCAACUGGAGAAAGAGGAGAAACGGACCCAGGCUGUGCUCCCGGGAGAGCUUGAUGUCACUGCUGAGCAGUCACCGCUGGAUCUGAGCCAUCCCCAGGACGAAGUGGAGGAAGAACUUCCUGAUGGCCUGGAUGAGAGCUGCAGUCAGGAGGAGGAUGAGGACAGUGACUCAGAUGCUUCUUCUGUCACUGGCGUGUCAUCCAGUGGUUCUGUGGCUCUUGUGUCCAG